AUGACAGUAUCGCUAACUCUCAAACCUCCUCUGAACUUAGUGUUGUGUGGGAGAUUUGGGGCCUGGAAGAAUUUAGCAGCGAACGCCAUUCUGGGAGAAAGACAGUCUGCUCCACCUGCCGACUCAUCAGAGUGUGUUAAACACCAGGGAGAGGUGUGUGGACGUCAGGUUUCCCUGGUGGAGCUGCCUGCCUUGUAUGGAAAACCUCAGGAGGGAAUAAAGAAUGACACAUUUAAGUGUUUCUCCCUCUGUGAACUAGAGGGCAUCCAUGCCUUCAUCCUGGUCCUACUUGUUGGUCCCCUAACUAAAGAAGACAAGAAAGAGUUACAGACCAUCCAGAACACAUUCGGCUCUCGAGUCAAUGACUUCAUCCUAAUUCUGUUCACUGUGGAAGAUAUCCAGCAGCUCUGUCAGAGCUGUGGAGGAGGAUAUAUUGUCUUCAACAUCCACGACAAGCAGCAGGUUUCUGAGGUUUUUCAUACUGUGGAGAAGAUGACAGUUGUGGGAUCCAGAAGCUUCACGAAACAAAUGAUUGCUAAGCCCCGAGAGAUAAAGUUUAUAAGAACCAAACCUGAGCUCAAGAUGGCAGAUAAUAAACAUCAGAGCAAAGAGUGUUUGAGGAUGGUGCUGAUUGGGAAAACUGGUUGUGGAAAGAGUGCCACUGCAAACACCAUUUUGGGCAAAGAAUGUUUUUAUUCUAAAGCCAGCUUUAAGUCAGUGACCAGGCUUUGCCAAAAAGCAACAGGAGAGAUUGAUGGGAGGCCUGCUGUCAUAGUCGACACACCCGGCUUGUUCGACACGACUCUGUCCAAUGAUGCCAUUAAACAGGAGCUUGUAAAAUGCGUUAGCAUGUUGUCUCCUGGACCUCAUGUCUUCUUACUGGUGGUGCAGAUCGGUCGCUUUACAAAGGAGGAAAGAGAAACUGUGGCAAUGAUCAAGAAUUUUUUUGGUAAAAAGUCAGAAGACUUCAUCAUUGUUAUAUUCACCAGAGGAGAUGAUCUUCAAAAUCAAACAAUGGAGGAUUACAUGGAAGGCGACUGCGAGGACUUCAAAAAACUGAUAAAUGAAUGCGGAGGAAGAUACCAGGUCUUCAAUAACAAAGAUAAGAGGAGUCGUACACAAGUCAAGAAACUCUUAAACAAUGUAGAAAUAAUGGUGAAGAAAAAUGGUGGGGGAUGCUACACCACAGAGAUGUUCCAGGAAGCUGAAGCAGCCAUACAGAAGGAAAUGAAGAGGAUCCUGAAAGAGAAAGAAGAGGAGAUGCAGAGAGAGGAAGACAAGCUAGAAAGAAAACUUCUGAUGGAAAAGCAUGACAAGGAAAUGGAGGAUAUGAAGCAAAAGCAACAAAAAAACAAGGACUUCAUGAUGAAACACCUGCUCACGAACAAAGCCAAUCAGAAAGACUUCGACAAACUGAAGAAAAAACAAGAACAAGAGAUGAAUGAGCUUAAACAUGACCUUUCAACAGAAAAUGCUGAAAAUUUGAGUGAAGAAAUCAGUGAACUACAGAGAAAACACAAUGAGGAAGUCAAUGACUGGAUAGAACAACAUGUGGAGAAAGCUACACAAGACAGGGCUUGCAACAUUUUAUGA